AUGGUUUCAAAAGAAGAAGUUGCUAAACAUAAUACUCGUGGCGAUUGUUGGAUCAUUAUACAUGGAAAGGUUUUUGAUUGCAGUAAAUUCCACUCUAAUCACCCAGGUGAAGGUAUUAACGACCAAUAUAUUGCAGAUCAUGCUGGUAAAGAUUGUACAGAUUUAUUUGAAAAGUUUCAUAAUAGCGACGAACCAUUCGAAAUGUUAGAAGACGCUGAAGAUAAAAAAAGCAAAGUUGGAAUUGUUUAUAUUGGUGAGCUCGAUGACUAA